GUAUUUAUAAUUUUGUAAAGUGUCUCCAGUACUGGAACUAUACAGUUCCAUAAUUAUAGUUGUAUGCUAUUUUAGUUCUGUACUAUAUAAGUACAAAACUCAUAUUGUUAACAAUAAAUAGUUUUACUAUACUUGAUCUAUACUUAUCUAUACUUGAUUACUUAAUGUACAAACAUAAUUUAAUUAUUUUGGUUAUGUUAAAGAGAAAUCAAUUUGAAAAUAAAAUGGCCACUAGAAGCCUCACCGACAUAUUUUUGUUAAUGCGGACAAAUUCCAUCCAGAGCAGAGGAAUUUAUUCAUUUCAAGGAUCUAAACAUAAUGAUUAUGAAUCAGACAGUGAUGAAGGUAUUAAUGACAAAGCAGCAUUGAUGGAAGCUGGUCGUUCUAUGGUUAAAACAAAUUCUAUUGAAAUGCGUUCUCAAGAAAAAUCUCCACCUACUUGGACUGGAUUACUUGAAGAUGCUCAAUAUUCCAUUACCAGGUUACAGAACAAAUUAAAAGAAUUACAAUCAUUACAAGAUGCACAAGUAUUGAGACCUACCCUAAAUGAUUCUAGCUUACAAGAGAAACACAUCCAGGAUCUCACAUUAGAUAUUACAAGAAUAUUUGGUUCAACAAAAAAAAUAAUUCAACAAAUCAGAUUACAUUCAAGUGGAUUAUCUGGCAACAAAGAAUCCCAACUCUCAUAUAAUGUGUCAUCUGCUCUAGUGUCAUCGUUACAAAAUUUGUUCAACGAAUUUCGAAAUUCACAGCAAAUUUAUCUCAACAAAAUCAAACACAGAGAGGCUAUGUCAUCUCAAAUGUGUUUUGAAACCGAAGAAAACACUUCAAAUUCUGAUUUACUAGAUAUGUUUGGUAAUGGUUCAUCUAAUUCUUUUGGACAACAAUCACAGAUGCAACAGUCAAAUCAAACACAAACAUUUGCUGCUAUACUUAUUGAAGAAGAAAAUGCUAAAAUGGCUGUCCAAUGGGAACGUGAAGCAAAUCAGAUAUCCAGUUCUGUUCUUGAACUAAAUAAUAUAUUUAAAGACCUUGCACACAUGGUUGUUCAACAAGGUAGUGUUUUGGAUCGGAUAGACUACAAUAUUGAACAGACUGAAAUUAGAGUAAAAAAAGGCGCAGCUGAAUUAAUUAAAGCAGAAAAAUAUCAUCGAAGCAAUCGAAAAAUGAAAUGUAUUUUGAUUCUAGCCCCUGUUUCUAUUAUAUUGUUAAUUCUUUUGGACAUAACAAAAUUUUAAAGGAAUUUAUAAUAUGGUCCUCUACUUCUUCACUCCUUAAUUACCAAAAAUAUUAUUUAUUAAUUAAUUGUUAUUUAUUAUACAUUUAUAUAAAAUUAUUAUGUUCACCAUUAAUACAAUUGAAACAAAAUUAUAUAUACAUUUUUGUAGCUUAAAAUAUAUCGUGCUUCAUUUUAACAAAAUAUUGUCAGCUUGUGCCAAACUACAUUAGUCAACAUUUUGUUUAAAAUUUUUUUUUACAUACAUGUACUGAGUUUAUGAUAUC